AUCAUGUUAUCCACUUGACAGCAUUUGACAGCUCGGUUGGAAAAGGUGUUAUUUGUGAUUUAUAAAGUUCUAAUUAAUAACAAAAUAAAAUUUUUUAAUAAGAUUUGUAAUAAUUGUGUCAAAUUCAUAUAUAAAUAAACUGCAAACAUGCUUUACCUUGAGGAUUAUCUGGAAAUGAUCGAGCACUUGCCACAGGAGCUCCGGGACCGCUUUACUGAGAUGCGUGAAUUGGACUUAACAGUGCAGAAUAGCAUGGAUUCUUUGGAGAAAAAAACGCGUACAUUCUUUCAACAGUGUAAAAGGGGAGAGUUACAAAACGAAUCAGCCGAUUCAGAUUUUCAAAAUUUACGCAAAGAAUACUACAAAGUAUUGGAAGAUGCUGAUGAAAAAGUAAACAUUGCCACACAAAUACAUGAUUUGGUGGAGCGCUAUUUACGUCGUUUGGACAGUGAACUGUUCAAAUUUAAAUGUGAACUGGAAGCAGAUAAUAAUGGUAUAACGGAAAUACUGGAAAAGCGUUCAUUAGAAAUGGAUGGUUCAAGUGCGGCCACGGCAUUAAUGAAUGUAAUUGGUGUUACACAAAAAGAAAACAGAUAUUACGGUUCGAUAGGAGCAGUGGCAUCUACAAAUAGUCAUGGGAUAUUGGGAGUACCAACCGGUAACAUAAGUGGUUUAUCACUCUCGACUACACCAGCGACAACCACAAAGGAUCGGUAUCGUACACCGAAACCGGAAAAGCGUCGAGAUAGCACAACAAACUUAACGGUUAUACCGGAGAAACGUCCAAAUUUGGCGAACAAUCUAACUCCAAAUAAUCCACCCAUUCCGGCAGUACGACCCAUAACACCAGGUAUAGGUGCACAUGCAGUACUGAAUACCACGGGCUCAUCUGUGACUACUGCAGGCAAUCCCUCUGCUGUUGCUUACAAUUUGCAACAACUAGGUGGAUCUGCAUCCAACGCUAUCGUUGCAGCUGCCAGUCAAGCCAUUGUGGCAACACAACAAAUGCCACAAGGUCGUCGUACGGCGAGCCUCAGAGCCAGUUAUGAGGCAAUACAUGGCGCCGGCGGUGGACCACCGGAAUUUUGGAUCAGUCGUGAUAUUGCAAAUGCUGCGAGCGCAGCCGCUCAGACAACACUACAGACUACUGCGGUUGAGAAGAAACAGAAAAAGAAAAUAAAUACCAAUAGUAUUACUCACACUAACAGCGCUGGUAACAGCAGUACACCCUCAUCUGCCAUAUCGCUGGCAUCAUCCUCAUCCUCUGUGAGUGUAGACUCUGUGGACAUGUUGCCAUCAUCGUCUAAUUUAGCAACAGUUGGCAAUCUGGGUAUGCCUGCAAUGAGCUUGUCAAAUUUAGGUUUAGGUGCGGCCUCCACAUCAGCCGCAGCAACUAAUCGUGCCAGCUCGGCUUCAUCUUCGAUCUCAUCUAACACUCUUACGCCUGCCACAAAUGUUAGUAUUACUGAAAGUGGACUGGUGGUGGAACAAACACCAGAGGGAGAGUGGUCAUACGACCCAAAUGAACCACGUUACUGUACUUGCAAUCAAGUUUCAUAUGGUGACAUGGUGGCUUGUGACAACGAUGCUUGCCCCUACGAAUGGUUCCAUUACCCAUGUGUGGGUAUUACACAACCACCAAAAGGCAAGUGGUAUUGCCCCAAAUGUACAGCAUCCAUGCGACGACGUGGAAAUAGAAAAAACUAGUUCUACUGAAAUUGAAAGGUUUAUUUCAAAAGCGCGACUCAAAAAUUUGAAAUGAACGUUAUUUUGAAAUAAAUUUUUCCAUGGGAUUAACGCACUUGCUAUCAAAUUAAUAAACUUUCAUUAGCCAUCA